UAUUUUCUUUCCCGAGAGACUGAGGUGAACAGUAGACAUAUAAAUUUGAACCGUGAUCCUCGAUUCUUUGUCUCCAUAGGAAGACAAGCCUAUGCAACUGAUCACUUACUAAAACUCUUUUGUUUUACUCUGAAGUUAACCUCAAUCAUCAAAAUGUUCUGCGGAGACUAUGUGCAAGGAACCAUCUUCCCAGCUCCCAAUUUCAACCCCGUAGCGGAUGCCCAAAUGCUGGCGGGGGCGCUCCAAGGAUUCGGCUGCGACAAAGACACGCUGGUCGCCGUCCUAACUCAGCGCUCUACCGCUCAAAGGCUGACGAUCGCAGAGGCCUACCAGAGCGUGCUCGGCCGGGACUUAAUUGGGGACCUGCGGGAGAAGCUCUCAGAUCACUUCAAAGACGUCAUGGUUGGCCUCAUGUACCCGCCGCCAUCUUACGAUGCCCAUGAACUCUGGCAUGCCAUGAAGGGAGCAGGCACUGAAGAAAACUGCCUCAUUGAUAUUUUAGCUUCAAGAACAAAUGGAGAAAUUUUCCAGAUGCGAGAAGCCUACUAUCUGCAAUACGGCAGCAAUCUUCAAGAAGACAUUUACUCAGAGACCUCAGGACACUUCAGAGAUACUCUCAUGAACCUGGUCCAGGGAACCAGAGAGGAAGGAUAUACAGACCCUGCGAUGGCUGCUCAGGAUGCGAUGGUCCUGUGGGAAGCCUGCCAGCAGAAGACAGGGGAACACAAAACCAUGCUGCAGAUGAUCCUAUGCAACAAAAGCUAUCAGCAACUCUGGCUGGUUUUCCAGGAAUUUCAGAAUAUUUCUGGGCAAGACAUAGUAGAUGCCAUCAAUGAAUGCUAUGAUGGAUACUUCCAAGAGUUGCUAGUUGCAAUUGUUCUCUGUGUUCGAGACAAACCGGCCUAUUUUGCUUAUAGACUAUAUAGUGCAAUCCAUGACUUCGGUUUCCAUAAUAAAACUGUAAUCAGGAUUCUAAUCGCCAGAAGUGAGAUAGACCUGAUGACCAUCAGGAAACGAUACAAAGAGAGAUACGGGAAAUCCCUAUUCCAUGACAUCAAAAAUUUUGCUUCAGGGCAUUAUGAGAAAGCUCUGCUUGCCAUCUGCGCUGGGGAUGCCGAAGACUACUAAGUCAAAGGACACUGCACUCCUCUUCAGAAACAUGUCAAAAUACAGAGUUGCGAUAAGUUUGCAUCAUUAGAAACAUUAUAGCAAAACUAUAGAAUCAUAUUUUCUUUUCUCUUUAAAAUCAUUGUAAGCCAAAGAAAAAUCUAUGGAUAAAAGUACAUGAGACUGGAUUUGUACUUAUCUUCGAAAUCAGAAAUUUACUGAAUUGUGUCUAAUGGAAUAAUAAAAAUUUCACUGAAAUAUA